GCGGCAAAGUUAGAAAAUCUGAAACCUAGAAGAAAGCAGCGAUGGCUUCGAUGAUGCAGAGAACUAACAAUUUUCAAUGGGGAGAUAUCGGCGAAGAAGAUGAUGACGGCCUUGACAUCCUGCUUCCGCAAGUGAUCGGACCUGACGAGAACGGUGUAAAGAAGGUGAUCGAGUACAGGCUCAACGACGAGGGAAGAAGAAUCAAAGUCACGACGACGACACGUGUCCAGAAGCGAUUGCUCAGCCAGCGAGCAGCAGAGCGACGGAGCUGGCCUAAGUUUGGAGACGCCGCACGUGAGGAAGCUGGUCUCCACCUUACCGUGCGUUCAACAGAGGAUAUCCACUUGGAACGAGGUAGUCAAGCGGAAGAAGCAACGACAUCAGGAGAUUCAAUGUCUCAGGAGGGUGGGGUCCUCAUGGUCUGCAGGGUAUGCCGUAUGAGAGGUGACCACUGGACAGCACGAUGCCCUCAGAGGGAUCUCUUGUCGUUAAUGGAAACUCCUCUAACAACAACAGAAGCGUCUACAUCUACUGAAGUUUACGUUCCACCAAGCAUGAGAACAGGUGCAGACAUGAGGAGGAGGAGGAACGACGAGAACUCUGUACGUGUGACGAACUUGUCUGAAGACACCCGCGAACAGGAUUUGAUGGAGUUGUUCUGUCCGUUCGGCGCUGUAAGCCGUGCCUACGUGGCCUUUGACAAGAACACAAACACGAGCAGAGGAUUUGGGUUUGUCAAUUUCGUAAGCAGGGAAGAUGCACAGCGAGCUAUCAGCACCUUGAACGGGUAUGGUUAUGAUAACCUCAUCCUGAGAGUUGAAUGGGCCACUCCUAGGCCCAGUUAGAUCCAUUUUUCUCUUGUUUAAAUUAUUUUCUGUAAAAACUAAAGAUGAUUAAUGCCAUAUGUGUGUAUGCUUCGUAUAUUAUUAAACUCGUGUUUGCAAUUAAAAAAAAAAACUUUAAACUCCCA